CAACCGUCAUGUUAAGGUAAAGCAGAAAAGUGCAGUGCUGAACAUGCUAAAGAAGUUGGACAAAAUAAGGUUCAGAGGUCACAAGAGAGAUGAGUUCCUUGAUUUAGCAGAGUCUCCAAAUGCUUCAGACACUGAAUGUGGAGAUGAAAUUCCGGUGAAAAUACCUCGAACAUCAACUCGAGACAAUGAAGAGCUGAGAGACCCUGCUGGUCCAGGGACCAUCAUCAUGGCUUCAGGAGUCCAGGAUUUUAACAGAACGGAAUCUGACAGACUGAAUGAGAUUAAAGGUCACCUGGAAAUAGCCUUACUGGAAAAACACUUUUUACAGGAGGAGCUCAGGAAGCUGAGAGAAGAAACAAAUGCUGAAACGUUAAGGCAGGAGCUAGAAAAGGAACGGCAGAGGAGAUUAGAACUAGAACAAAAAGUCAAUGAAGUACUUAAAGCAAGGACGGAAGAGGUGCCUGCAGCUCAGCAACCUGCAAAGCCACAGACGCAAGCCAAUGGAACAGAUAAGCGUAGUCACACAGUCUGUUCAAGACUCCAGAAGUGGUUUUGUGACAAAUUUGGGGAGUAUGUUGAGGACUUCAGAUUUCAGCCAGAAGAGAAUACAGUGGAAACAGAAGAGCCACUUAGUGCUAGAAGGUUGACUGAAAAUAUGAGAAGAUUAAAGAGAGGUGCCAAACCUGUUACUAAUUUUGUGAAGAAUCUUUCUGCCUUAUCAGACUGGUAUUCUAUCUACACUUCUGCUAUUGCCUUUAUUAUUUACAUGAAUGCUGUAUGGCAUGGCUGGGCCAUUCCUAUGUUCUUAUUUUUAGCAAUUUUGAGGUUGUCCCUAAAUUACCUCAUAGCCAGGGGUUGGAGAAUACAGUGGAGCAUUGUGCCUGAAGUUUCUGAACCCGUGGAACCCCCAAAAGAGGACCUGACCGUGUCUGAAAAGUUUCAGCUUGUUCUAGAUGUGGCUCAGAAGGCUCAGAACCUUUUUGGCAAGAUGGCAGACAUACUGGAAAAAAUUAAAAACUUGUUCAUGUGGGUCCAGCCAGAAAUAACACAGAAGCUCUACAUUACUCUCUGGGCAGCUUUUAUUGCAUCCUGCUUUUUGCCCUACAGGAUUAUUGGGCUUGCAAUGGGACUCUAUGCUGGAAUCAAGUUUUUCCUUAUUGAUUUUAUCUUCAAACGAUGCCCCAGACUAAGAGCUAAGUAUGAUACUCCUUAUAUCAUCUGGACAAGUCUCCCGACAGAUCCUCAGCUCAAAGAAAGGUCUAAUGCGACAGUGUCGAGACGGCUUCAAACAGCAGCAUCCAGAAGUUACGUGGGCUCAAGCGCCCCAACGGGAAUAAGCAGAGAUGAAGACACAAGUCGCUUUCAUACCACCAAGAGGGGGAAUUUCCAUGAAGUUUUUAACCUGUCAGAAAAUGAGCGUCCUUUGGCAGUGUGUGAAAAUGGCUGGCGCUGUUGCUUGAUUAACAGAGAUAGGAAGAUGCCUACAGACUACAUCAGGAAUGGAGUUCUUUAUGUCACAGAAAAUUACUUGUGCUUUGAAAGCUCCAAAUCCGGCUCAUCUAAAAGAAAUAAAGUUAUAAAGCUAACGGACAUAACAGAUAUUCAGAAGUAUAAAGUGCUCUCUGUUCUCCCGGGAUCAGGGAUGGGUAUUGCUGUAUCAACACCAUCUACACAAAAACCUUUGGUGUUUGGUGCCAUGGUACACAGAGAUGAAGCUUUUGAGACAAUUUUCAACCAAUAUGUGAAAAUCACCUCUGCAUCGUCAAGCAGUGAGAGCUAGUACCUUACCUUAGAAGAUCUAAAGGAAACUUUCUUAUUUUACAACUAGGUAGUGAAAAAAAUGAACAUCCUCAUCUAUUUUGCAAUAAUUUUUCUUGUCUGGUGGUUUAUAUUCUAUCUGUUACAUAAAUCAAAUGUAUUUUAUAUAUGCCUUCAUGU